CAUUUGCAUUGAAUGAUUAACAGGCGAAGAAAGAGCACCUUAUCUGUCGAAUACAAAAGUACCGUUUUGUAUACAUUAUUUUUCUCGGCAACGAAAUCGGUUUCGUCCUCCUUUCUUUCGAGGAAACAACCUUUAGAAAUGGAACGUGAUUAUUUAAUCUAGAUGGCAUCUUGUUUGGUUUUCCAGUCGUGUUAAGUAGCUUAAGUGCUUUUAGCAAAGAAAUUGUUUGAGCCAUCACAAUUUUGCUUAUUAGUCAAAGAUUAAUUCGUCAUUCGUACGGAGCCGAAGAAUGGCUGCACUCCGGGACCCAUUUCAUCACAAUAACCUGCUUUACUCAUUUGGAGUUAAUUUUUCCCUGAGGGGGUCGCGAUAGUAAUUCGAAAGCAACUCACAAUUGCAAGUGAAAAAGAAAAAAACAGUUGUUUAACAGGGCCGUAGACAAUAAUAUCUUCAAAGAAAAUAUUCAACAGAGACACGCCAGCUUUAGAGUUGAAUAGUGAAACACAAAGUUAUCGCCGGUGAUCGCUAUAUUAUAAACCACCAGCGAGUCAAUUUAAAAAGGCUGUACAGUUUAGUCGCAAUGAACUGAUUAAAAAUCCCGAAAACAUUCACUUCCGAAGAUAAUUUCGACUCCUCGCGGUAAAUUAUUCAAGCGAGGGAAGAAUUAAGGUAACCGGUGCUGGGUUCUCAUGCUGUGUAGCUUGGAAAAUCGCGAGUGCACCACACUUGAAAGAUUUUUUUCAUUCAUUAAUAAAUGCUUUUCGGUUCGCUUUGACAGGAAGCAAAUCAAGACGAAGAGACAAUAUGACGGAGAUUUGCAUGUCUUACUAAUGGACGCUGUUAAAAUGCUCCGACCCGCUAAAUCUGAAAGCAAUUACGAAUCAGUUUCUUGUCAUAUCGAGCACUUCAAUUCGCAAGUUCUUAAGAAAAGCCUGCUCUAAUUUGCAUUCGUUAGUGAUUUUUUUAUUGCGCAGUAUUUCGCUAUUAGCCAGAAACGUUGGACCGAAGGCGAUGUGUUGUUUUGGCAAGGAAAUCCAGCUGAGUAGGUUUUAUUGGCACUUAAUACAUCGCUACAGCAAGAAGACCUAAAGAACAGAGAAUUCACACUUCCUUUCUAUAACCGAUCGAUUUUAUCACAGUAUUCAUUAGCGCUAGACAACCAGAAUGAUUGCAAACAAAUCGCAUCCUGUCGGGAUUUUAGGGCGAGUAAAUGUUUCUAAAUUUAAUCGUCACUUUACACAACUUAGCGACGGACUCAAAACAAGGCUUGCAAGCCAUAAGUUUGAUUUCGAAGCACGCCAUUAAUCACCCGAGUUAAUUCGAUUUAAUUUCUGUAAGGGAAACCUGCCUGCACCUGUUAAGGGUUUGAUUAGAGUAUAAUAAGCUUUCUCUAACUUCUCUCGUAAUUAGCAUGUCAACAUUCUCCCCCCGCAGAUAGAAACGACUUUUUCAAGUCACAUCACCCUGUCUCAAAAAACACAUUUUAUUGUGCGACCCAGCGACGGUAGCACGUGCCUCAUUCAUCGAUAAACACACGCAACAAUCCAAUUGAUUGCAUUUGUAAUUUAUGCAUCAAGAUUUCCUUUUUCCUUUCCAAGCUCGCGUGGCAACAAACAGUUUGAUAUGCCCACGUUAAACUGAACGUGAUCGACAAUCGGCGCGCUAGAAAAUACGAUUUGCUGCAGUUUUGUUUUGGCGUGUGCUGAAGUUGUGUCUGCAAUUCCCCUCCCCACCCCUCCUCGUGAGUGGCGCCGAAAACCCGGAAAACCCAACCACACUUGAGCGGGCAGAGAACAAUUGAAACUGUUUGAUUAUAAAACCACUAAUGACGAUCUCCUCCUAAUACUUGGCCUCCGAUUAAGGAAACCCAAAAUCUGACAAUGCAAGGGAGAACUCUUAGCCAAUCACAUCUUGACCUUGUUGAUUGCGCGUGCGCAGCGGCUCGCUUUUGCCAUUGUAUUCACCUGUCACAGCUGCCACCGUUGAGAUAGGUUUUGUUCAUGACGGGUUUAAAAAACCAUGACAUCAAAAAAAUGCCUUUAUUGUAAAACGACCGCUUCAGGUCGCUUCUUCACUCGAGACAGCACUCAGAUUUCACCGCGGCUCAAGUCGAACUCCACCAACAGUGCGAUAACAAGAUGCCGAAGUCUUUCUUGGUCAAAAAGCGGGUAGUGAUAGCAGCUUGUAACGAAUCGCAAGAACUCCCGGACGCUAAAAAAAUACAUGAACCGGGGCAAACGGUCGAAAUGGCGCGAGAUGACCAGGACGCAAAGGAAACCAAAUCAACGUCGUCUAACCGUCCGUUCGAUAUCGUGAACUUAUUCGCCGCAGACAAACCGACGAAAAAGCAGAUAACAUCCUCAGAGAGGAGGCCAUCAGAUCCUUGCAGACCUAAUUUCGCCUUCAUGGAACCUGCUGUGCUUUCUGCAAAUGGUGCCAGACCUUAUCUCCCUCGUUUUCCAAGUCAGUUUGUGCCCAAUGCAUUCAACCCAUUUCUCGGGCUGUCUCCUUAUGUGCGCUUCCCUCCCCAGCCGUUCUUGGGGGGCCACCGGUUUCAGUUUCCCUACUGGCAACCCCCGUUCUUUGGAAACGCUUUUCCAAACCCGUUCGCGCGUGUUGCAGACGAGACGGACAAAGUAGUGGAGCCAACUUUUCGCGAAGCCCCUCAGUUGAGUGCAAGCGACAAAAAGAAAACCGAAAAGCCGUACAAUGGUCAAACAUUCGAUUGCCUAAACUGCAAAAAGGUGUUCAGUACGCCGCACGGUUUGGAAGUGCACGUGAGGCGUUCACACUCCGGACGGCGCCCGUUUGCUUGUGACGUGUGCGGUAAAACGUUUGGACACACAGUCAGCCUGGAGCAGCACAAGAACAUUCACACCAACGAAAGAACAUUCGAGUGUAAACAGUGCAGCAAGACUUUCAAGCGCUCCUCCACCCUCUCUACGCACAUGCUCAUUCAUUCAGACACUCGGCCGUUCCCGUGCGACUACUGUGGCAAGAGAUUCCAUCAAAAAUCCGACAUGAAGAAACACACAUACAUUCACACAGGGGAGAAGCCUCACAAGUGCCUGCAGUGCGGCAAAGCCUUCAGUCAGUCGUCGAAUCUUAUCACGCACAGUCGUAAACAUUCUGGUUUCAAACCGUUCUCGUGCCGCAUUUGCGAUCGAGCAUUCUACCGCAAAGUUGAUCUCAGGCGUCAUGCCUACACGCACGAAAUGGACCCAUUGACAAUUAAGGAUUCCUAGAAGCUGAAGUGACAAUUUCUCCUUCAUCAUUUUUUAAGAUGCCAUAAAUUGAUUUUUUUUAAAGAAAUUAAAAAGAUAUAAUAAGAAUCAUAUUUAUUAGCUCAUCGAAGAUCAACUUAAUCACGGAUUUAGUGUAGAACUUUUUUGUGACACUUUUCACAGUAAAUUCAUUGCAUUUAUCAGGAUAGCAAAAAGUUUUAAAAAUAAAGCUUAGAAAAGAUAGUGAAAAAUUUAUAUUUGAAACUCAAAGUAUUAUGCAAAGAAAUGGUUUGUUAACAUUUCAUUAAUAUCUAAAUUUAAGCUAAUUGAAAUAAAAUUGUAGUUUUUCUUUCAGAAAGAUUAACUUUAUUCCUGCACUGUACAUAUAGAGGAAGGCCAGGACAAAAUAUGUAUAUAAAAACUAAGUUUGUAGCCAUUUGCAAUACAAUCUUUGAUUAAAAUGAGAUUCAAAUUCA